AUGAUAUGUCUUAUCUUUUAGACUAACAGGGAUGCCAAAGGAAAAAUAUGAUCCUCCAGAUCCUCGCAGAAUUUACACCAUCAUGUCAGCAGAGGAGGUAGCCAAUGGGAAGAAGUCCCAUUGGGCAGAAUUGGAAAUCUCGGGUAGAGUGCGGAGCUUAAGUACAUCACUUUGGUCACUAACGCACUUGACUGCUCUCCACCUCAAUGACAACUAUCUGACUCGCAUUCCGCCUGACAUCGCCAAGCUUCAAAAUCUAGUUUACCUGGAUCUCUCAUCCAACAAACUCAGAAGUUUACCAGCAGAACUAGGAAACAUGGUAUCUCUCAGGGAGUUGCUUUUAAACAACAAUUUGUUACGAGUUUUGCCUUACGAACUUGGACGGCUCUUCCAGCUACAGACACUAGGUUUGAAAGGCAAUCCUUUAUCACAAGAUAUUCUCAGCCUGUACCAGGACCCAGAUGGGACACGGAAAUUAUUGAAUUAUAUGCUUGACAAUCUAGCAGGUAAUGCACUUUUAAAAAAAAUAUUUAAACAGUAUCCACAUUAUGGAAGUGAAUAUGAGUGCAUGCAUGCAUA